GUUGUCCACGAAAGGCUCGCACUCGCGCCGGUCGUUCGCUGCAGCACACAACGCAAUCGCCACUGUCGUCGCUCGUCAGUCCACCGACUCCACCGCCACCGGCAGAACCAGAACACAUCGAGCGGCAUCGGAGCGCGAAUCUGUGCGGCGGCGUCGCCUCUGCCGGGCGGGUGGGCGGCAUGGGGAGGUCCCCGUGCUGCGAGCAGGCGCACACCAACAAGGGCGCGUGGACCAAGGAGGAGGACCAGCGCCUCAUCGCCUACAUCAAGGCCCACGGCGAGGGCUGCUGGAGGUCGCUACCAAAAGCCGCAGGGCUGCUGCGGUGCGGGAAGAGCUGCCGGCUGCGGUGGAUCAACUACCUGCGCCCGGACCUCAAGCGCGGCAACUUCAGCGAGGAGGAGGACGAGCUGAUCAUCAAGUUCCACGAGCUGUUCGGCAACAAGUGGUCGCUCAUCGCCGGGAGGCUGCCGGGCAGGACGGACAACGAGAUAAAAAACUACUGGAACACGCACAUCAAGCGGAAGCUGCUCGCCCGCGGCAUGGACCCGCAGACCCACCGCCCGCUGGCCGCAGCGCCAGCAGGAGGGCCGCAGCAGCAGCAUUGCCAUUACCAGAUGGAGCCACAGAAGCGGGCGGCGGCGGCGGACCAUUCCGAGGCCGCCGUUGCCACCAACUCGCCGGAGGCCAGCAGCCGCAGCAGCGACGACGACGAGGCGCCGGCGCUGGCGCCACCGCCGCGGCGGCGGCAGCGCCACCUCGACAUCGACCUGAACCUGUCCAUCAGCCUCGCGGCCUACCAGCCGCCGGAGGGAACCGGCAGCGCCAUCGAGCCACUGACGGCGACGACGAAGCGGGAGGAGGGAACGGCGGCGGCGGUGUGCCUCUGCCUCAACAGCCUCGGGUACCGGGCAGGCGUCGAGUGCGCCUGUGGCAGCGGCGGCUCGCCGUCGUCCCGUUCGCAGUGGGCUCGGGAUUUUUUACAGGCGGCGCCCUGCUACAGAGGCUAGCAUUGAUCAGUGAGACAGUGACAUGAUCGGGAGGGCUUUUACUGAGGGGAGGGGCAGAGCAGAUAUAGUUAACUAGUAGUACUAUUAGUAAAAAGGCAAGCGUGCUUAGUAGGCUUUAGCAGCUCAUGCAUUGCAUGCAUCAUGGGUUAUUUACGAGGAGAUGUGCUCUUUGUCUUUUGUCGAUUCUGGCUCUGGCCUCGGACAC